UUACUUUUGAACUACUUAAGUGUAGGCUGACUGUUCUGGGGAGGGCCGUAGACUAAUGUUGGAAUAACUUUUUGCCCAACCCAUUUGUAUGUAUUUGAUUUAAUGCUUGUAUAAAUGUGAUGGAUACAUGUGUGAAUAUAUGUAUUAUACAAUAAAAUAUGUUUAAACUGAAAUAUCUAGAUAAACUACUCGACACUGCAACGGUCGUUGAAAUUGUCAUCUAGAACAAGUGUUCAAACGGAAGGAGUAUACAGAGAAUAAAACAUCAGGAUGGAUGAUCAAUCAGAUCCAUUGCAUAUUUUAAUUGUUGGGCACAACCUUCAAGCAAAAUGCGAUGUUGCUAACGCUUUUAUUAAACAAGCGAACAGAUUUAAACAGUUCAAAUGUCGUUCGAAGUUGAUUGUAAAGAAUAUAGACAGGGCAAAAUCAAAAGAGACAGUUGCAGGUCGACAGCUAAAUAUCAUUCUCACGCCAAAUCUCAACACGUCUAGAUGGACUCAUUUGAGUGCUGAUAUCAUUAGUGGGUACGAAAAUAGAGUUUUUGUUUAUGUGAAAGCUCCAGGUCUGGUUAGAGUGGACGAUGAUACAUCUAUUAAAAACCUACAGGCCAAAUUUAAAGCGCCAGCUUUUCAAGUACAUGUCAUUACGUACUACGAAAGUGAUGAAGAAACUGAUUCGGCUAUACGAGGAGGUUUGUUUCUACGUGCAAAAAUGCCAUUUAAAGAAAAAUAUCGAGAGUGAAUGGUAUCUUAGAGGCAAUAGAAAUGCAAUUGGGAGGUUCUGUCAAAAUUCAUUACGCAGAAGAAAAAGUGGAAGAACCUGAUACCAAAUUAGACCGAGAAGGUACGGAUCAACUCCCUCUGCAAGAAAAGAUAGAAACAAAGGAUUGGGAUUUGCUUUGUCAAACUCUGAGGUGUGGAAGAGCAAAAUCAAACCACGUACGAGUUAACAUAAUUGGAAAUCAACAAGCUGGAAAAACGACUUUAGUUAAAAGGCUUCAUAACAUGGAUGUGCAAUGCCCUGAUAAACAUCAAAUUCCUACAGAAGUAUUUGAAAUAAAUGAGGUAUCUUCACGGUGUAAAGAGAUUGACGGCGAGAAACACUGGGAUACAAAACGUGAAGGCUAUAUGGAAGACCUCAAUGUGCAAAGAAUGGCCCAAGCCAUGAAAAGCGUAGAGAGAAAUCAGGCAGAUGAUACGAGUACUGCUGAUAUAAAGGAAGAAAAUUUAGACGCCGAUAUUAUGCUUAUAGUUAAUGCUGAUGAAAAUAUUAGAGGUAAAAAGCAAAAACCGCUCAACGCAGAUAAAGCAGAAAAAUCAAGAGUCCAGUAUAUGAAGAAAAUCCUCCGCAAAAAAUAUCACACAAGAGGAGAAAGAAUAUAUUUUUCAUACUGGGACUUUGCUGGCCAAUCGACAUAUUAUUCCACGCAUCAAAUUUUUAUGUCCCCAUCAGCUGUCUACGUUCUUGUGGUUGACCUCAGCUUAAACUUCAAAGAAAAGGUUUCAGACAAGUUACAAUUUCGUGCAGGAAUAAUUAAAGAAUGUACCGUAGAAGAAUCGCUGAAGUUUUGGAUUUCGUCAAUUGGUGCGUUUGCAACAGAUUCAAAAGGCGGAAUGGCACCUGUUGUUAUUGUUGGUACACAUAUAGAUAAAUUAAGACAGGCAGCAAAGGCAAAUGCAGAAGAAGAAAUUAAUAGGAAGUUCGAUGAAGUUCGGGAGAUCUUGCAGAUGUCCGAGGUAGAAUGUAUAGCAGUUGACAACACCAUACAAAACAAUUCAGAUAUGAUUGCCCUGAGAAACCGAAUCUUGGAAUUGGGACUUGGUGUAAUGGAUGAAGAAAUUCCAGCUCAAUGGAUAGACUUGAAACGAAGACUUAGAGAGAUAAAAUCAAGUGGGAAAGCUAUCAUGACAUUUGCCGAUCUACAAUGUCUUGAUGAAAGUAUGGAUGCACCUAUGAGAGAUAAAGAAAAACUAGAAGCAUUCUUAGGUCAUCAGCAUAACCGAGGACAUGUGAUUUGUUUUUUGCACGAGGAUCUUAAAAAUUUGAUAAUACUGGAGCCAAACAUAUUAGCAAAGUUUCUAAACAAUUUGAUGAGAAGAAGAGACGACAAAGAACAAAGAGAGAUGAAACUCGCACGAGUAUGUACAACCACAAUGGCAUUAUAA